CGCAUCGAGAUCCAGACUCUGAUUAUAACUUCAAUAGAAUGAUUCUUAUUACAAAGCUAUUAAUAUCUUAACAUCUCGCUUUUGUUUAUUCAAAGUAAAAACACAGUGAAACGUGUUGUUCUACAUGCCAUAUUGCUCGAGUGAAGUGCUUUGCUUUUUGCUUCUUUUUCUACUGAGAACGAUUACAAGUGACUCAAAAUUGAUACACGAAAAUGAACGUCGAGAAUAGAACUGCUACAGCUACAUGGUAUUGCAUACAGGAGACUAUUCUAGAGAUCGAGCAGUAUUACAUACCGGUUUUCAUGUGCUUGAGUCUGCUGGGAAAUUCUCUGUCCGUAUACGUAAUUUUCCGCUCGAAGCUACGUUAUUUUUCGUCCAGCAUCUAUCUGAGUGCGUUAGCAAUAAGCGACACCGGGGUCCUAGUAACAAUUAUUAUCUCCUGGCUAAUAACGCACGUGACGAAACAGGAGAAUUGGGCGACAGUCUUCCGAAUCUGCAUCGAAAACUUUUUUGCCUUUCUAAGUGUAUGGCUUGUGGUGACUUUUACUGUUGAGCGAUAUGUGGCGAUCAAGUGGCCGCUCCUUCAUCGAUCUUUCUGCACGAUUGCCCGAGCAAAAAUUGUGGUGAUUGUGUUGACGGGAAUAGCGGCUCUUUUUACGAUCCCGUGGUUUGAGUUCUUCUUUUCUAUUGAUAUUCAUACGCUCUACAAAGAUGAUACAAAGAUGACAUACAAAGAUGAUAAUACGACAAGCGACUCCUAUUCUGAAGAUAAAAAUAACAUGAGAAGUGAUUCGAUGUUAAGAAUUAUGGAUAUGAGUAUCAUGUUUGCUCUGCCCUUAAUCAUGAUAGUAAUAUUUAACACACUGAUAGUGUGCAACAUCUACAAACAAAAUCAUGUCCAAAAGGAUUUGUCUAUAGCAUCCGUUACUUCCAGUGAACAAAUUCAAAUUGCUAGCAAUGAAACGCAAAUUAGAAUUACAAAAAUGCUCAUUCUCAUCUCGAGUACGUUCAUAUGCUUAAACACACCUGUGUAUAUCUGCUGGUUUAUUACCGAUUAUCACAUUACGAAUAGACCAAUAUGGCUCGACGUAGCGUGGAAUCUGAGCGAUUUGUUAUGGAUGACGAAUUAUGGAAUAAACUUCGUUUUUUAUUACCUAAGCGGACAUAAUUUUCGUAAAGCGUUAAUUCGCUUAUUUACGAAAUGUUAAGAUAUUGAAAGAAAUCAAAAUCUGAUUUAAAUAGAGAAUUAUGAAUGACAAAUAGAGAAUUACGAGUAAAUGACUCAAUUAUAUUCAAUAAUAAUAACACAUAACGCAUUAUAUGUAUAACACAUCGAUAACACAUGUAUAACAUAUCGGAGUUUGCAUCACGUAUUUUUAUAAGUCUGUUUUAUAAAAAAACAAAAAUAUAUUCCACAUUUUAUAUUUAUUGAAUUGGAGCUAAUAAUUUGCUAUUUUAAAUGGCUGUAAUGUAGCUUGUAACAAAUAGCAAACGUUUUUAUUUUAAUAAAGUUAAUACUGAUACAUGUA